ACAAUCCUACUCAACUUCCUGGUAUCCUGUUUGCAUUUCCUCCAGCAGUUUUGGUGCCAUGUCCCGACCCUGUAACCGGCUUUCACUAGAAGGCGAAGGGUACAACAUAAUCCCUGUUCACAAUCUCGAUGCCAAUCAUCCCUGCGUUCGGUACCCUGAAGUACGCGCUGUCUUAUUAUCUUUACGCGCCUUGGGUAACCUCAGCGAGCCACCAUACCACACAUGGCAUCCUUCUUCCAUGGACCUCCUCGAUUGGUUGGGACUAUUCUUUGGUUUCCAACGCGAUAACGUAAAGAACCAAAGGGAACACCUUGUUCUCCACUUGGCUAAUGCCCAUAUGCGCCUCUCUCGGCCACCGGUUGACAACAAUGGAACCUUCCAAGCCAUAGUCCUCCGCGAAUUCCGGCGUAAGCUACUCGAAAACUACACUAACUGGUGUUCUUACCUGGGGAAGGCAUCCAACGUGGACAGCUUGGAGUCUGAUACUCGUAGAGAGUUGCUUUACGUUGGACUGUAUUUAUUGAUAUGGGGAGAAUCCGCGAAUUUGAGGUUCAUGCCCGAAUGCAUCUGCUACAUUUUUCAUCACAUGGCCAUGGAACUGAACAGAAUCCUAGAACAUUACAUUGAUGAAGAAACGGGACGGCCAUGGAUACCAUCGAUAUCUGGGGAAAACGCGUUUCUAAACCGCGUUGUAAAGCCAAUAUAUGAUACGAUCAAGGCCGAGGUGGCGAAAACAAAUGGAACCGCCCCGCAUGAUAGGUGGAGGAACUAUGAUGAUUUCAAUGAGUACUUUUGGAGCAAGAGUUGUUUUCAUACUCUCAACUGGCCACUUGAUUUCAACAGUAAGUUUACAAGUGAAAGGAAAACUGGGUUUGUUGAACGAAGGACGUUUUGGAACGUUUACAGAAGCUUCGACAGGCUAUGGGUGAUGCUGUUUCUCUUCCUUCACGUAAUGGUAAUCUUGGCCUGGGAGGGGAAGAAGUAUCCAUGGCUGGCUUUGGAUAACAAGGAUGUUAAGGUUCGAGUUUUAUCAUUGUUCAUCACUUGGAGUGGAAUGAGGCUUUUCCAUGCUUUACUUGAACCAGCUAUGGAGUUUAGUCGAGUUUCGAGACAGACGUCGCGACUGGUCCUUGGGAAGGUGCUAAGGAUUUUGGUUGCUGCAGCAUGGACUGGCGCAUUUGUGUUUUGUUACACAAGGAUUUGGGAGCAAAGGAACCACGACAAGCAUCGGUCUAAUGAGGCUAACCAAAGGGUAACAUUUUUUCUAGGGCUUGCAUUUCUUUAUGGGUUACCUGAACUGGUGGAAUUGGUGUUAUUAUUCCUUCCUCGUAUUUGGCUGAAUUCGAAAGUAUUUGACCCGCUAUCAUGGUGGUUCCAUGGUGACUGUUACAUCGGUCAAGGAUUGAGGGAAGGGGUAGUUGAUAGAAUCAAGUAUGUCCUAUUUUGGGUUGUGGUGUUAGGUACAAAAUUUAUCUUCAGUUACUUCUUCCAGAUCAAGCCCAUGAUUAACACAACAAAACAAUUGUAGGAUUCAACAAUUGCAGAGCAUGAGUGGGACUGGCAAGCCAUCUUUAGUGUCAGCAACAAGUUCAUCAUUGGAUUGUUGUGGUUGCCGGUGGUGUUUGUUUACUUGGCUGAUACUCAGAUUUGGUACUCAAUCUAUUCUCCCUUUGUGGGGGCUGCCAUGGGGUUGCUGCAAAUGUUGGGUGAAAUUCGAAACAUCGAGCAGCUGAGAUGGAGGUUUCGGUUUUUUGCCACUGCCAUUCAAUUCAAUUUGAUGCCACAAGAGGAAAUAAAGAUCUCUGGUGGAUCGUUAAGGGAAAAACUGUGUGAAGCCUUUCAUCAGCUGAAGGUGAGAUGUGGGCUGCAACUGCCUUUCAAAAUGGUUGAACUCGAAUCGAACCAGGUUAAGGCUAACAAGUUUGCUUUGAUAUGGAAUGAAAUAGUUACCACUUUUAGGGAAGAAGAUAUCAUAUCUGAUCAAGAGGUUGAGCUACUACAGUUGCCUCCGAAUUCAUGGGAAAUCAGGAUCAUUCGUUGGCCAUGUUUUCUUUUGGGGAAUGAGUUGCUACGCGCUCUUGAUCUGGCUACGGACUUAUAUGAUGCGCCGGAUAACUGGCUCUGGUAUAAAAUAUGCAAGAAUGAGUAUAGGCGUUGUGCUGUGAUUGAAACAUAUGAUUGUGUCAAGUACUUGAUGCUUCAUAAACUAAUCAAAAGCAGUACCGAUGAGCAUUCCAUUCUCGAAGUCUUGUUUCAGGAAAUCGAUCAUUCUAUCGAGAUCAAGAAGUUCACUAAGACAUUUAGAAUGAUUGCACUGCGUCAAAUCCAUUCCAAGUUGAUAAAACUUGUUGAGCUGUUGCUUGAACCAAACAAUAAUAUGAAUGAGAUUGCUACUGCUAUGCAGUCACUUUAUGCAGUUGUUGUUUCUUACCUUUUCAAAGCAAAGAUGACUAUGGACCAGUUGAGGAAAGAUGGAUUGGCUCCCAAGAGUCGAACCGCCAUGGCUGAAUUGCUAUUCAAGAAUGCGAUUGAGUUUCCGGAUCCGAGUGAGGAGCACUUCUAUAUGCAGAUUAAGCGCUUGCAUACAAUUAUUACCACCAGGGACUCGAUGCAUACUGUUCCCCUUAAUAACGAGGCAAGGCGUCGACUUGCUUUCUUUAGUUACUCACUCUUUAUGAAAAUGCCUCGAGCUCCUCGAGUGGAGAAGAUGAUAGCUUUCAGUGUCCUUACCCCUUUCAACAAUGAACAUGUGUUGUACAGCAAAGAACAACUAAAAACUAAGAACGAGGAUGGGAUUUCCAUCCUGUAUUAUUUGCAGACCAUUUAUGAUGAUGAGAGGAAGAACUUUAUCGAAAGAAUGCAUCGAGAAAGAAUGGUGACAGCUAAUGAAAUAUGGACAACCAAGUUAAGAGAUUUAAGGCUUUGGGCAUCUUAUAGAGGCCAGACAUUUGCACGCACAGUCAGAGGCAUGAUGUACUUUUAUCGAGCUCUACGGCUGCUAGCUUUUCUCGAUUCUUCAUCGGAGACGAAUAUUACCGUAACAAAAGAGGAAGAAGGUAUUGCUUUGAUGAAGUAUACCUAUGUUGUUUCAUGUCAGAAGUAUUGGGAAUAUAAGGCCAUAGGGGACCCUCGUGCUGAGGAAAUCAUUGAUCAUUUGAAACACAAUGAAGCCCUUCGGAUGGCCCAUGUUGAUCAGGUUUCAACAGGGAGUGACGAGAAGGAAUAUUACUCGGUUCUCCUUAAGUACGACCGGCAAUUACAACGGGAGGUGGAGAUAUAUCGAAUCAAGUUGCCUGGUCCAAUGAACAUUGGAGAAGGCAAACCAGAGAAUCAAAACCAUGGCAUUGUCUUCACUCGUGGUGAUGCAGUUCAAACUAUUGAUAUGAACCAAGACAACUAUUUCGAGGAAGCACUAAAAAUCCGUAACCUGUUGGAAGAAUUCAAGCACCAUCAUGGAAUCCAUAGACCAACUAUCUUGGGAGUUAGAGAACAUAUUUUCAGUGGCUCUGUUUCGUCAGUUGCUUGGUUUAUGUCAGCACAGGAAACGAGUUUUGUUACCUUAUUUCAACGUCUCUUCGCGAAUCUGCUGAAAAUCCGAAUGCAUUACGGCCAUCCUGAUGUGUUUGAUAGGUUUUGGUUCAUGACUCGUGGCGGCCUUAGUAAAGCCUCCAAAGUGAUUAAUAUCAGUGAGGACAUUUUUGCCGGCUUCAACUGUACUUUGCGAGGGGGCAGUAUCACACACCAUGAAUACAUUCAAGUGGGUAAAGGACGAGACCUUGGGUUGAAUCAAAUAUCAGCUUUUGAAGCUAAGAUAGCUUGUGGGAAUGGUGAACAAUUCCUCAGCAGAGAUGUUUACAGGUUGGGUCAAAGACUUGAUUUUUUCAGGAUGUUAUCAUUCUUUCACACGACAAUUGGAUAUUUCUUCAAUACAACAGUGAUCAUCCUUUCUGUCUAUGGAUUCCUAUGGGGUCAACUUUAUCUGGCUCUCAGUGGUGUCGAGAAUUCCGUUCUAGGGUACAAUAACAAUAGCAGGAAAGCACUGAGCGCUGUUAUCAAUCAAGACCUCAUCAUCCAGUUUGGUCUCUUUAUGACACUUCCAGCAAUAUUCGAGAGCUCCGUCGAAAACGGUUUCCUUGAAGCCAUUUGGGAAUUCUUGGUUAUGCAGCUCCAGCUUUCAACUGUUUUCUACACGUUCUCAAUGGGAACACGUGCACAUUUCUUUGGUCGGACUGUCCUUCAUGGAGGUGCAAAGUAUCGACAAACCGGGCGUAAUUUCGUCGUACGACACACAAGUUUCGCAGAGAAUUACAGAUUGUAUGCACGCAGCCAUUUCAUAGCCAUUGAGUUUGGAUUUAUUCUCAUGGUUUAUGCAACAUGCACCCCAUCAGCCAAGGUCACAUUUUUUUACAUAGACAUGUCAGUCACAUGUUGGCUCCUAGUUCUCUCAUGGAUAUUUGCUCCUUUCCUAUUCAAUCCUUUGGGUUUUGAUUGGCUCAAGACCGUGUAUGACUUCGAGGAGUUCAUGAACUGGAUUUGGUGCCGCAACGGAGUAUUUGCAAAGGCUACACAAAGCUGGGAACGUUGGUGGAACGAGGAGCAGGACCAUUUAGUCACAACCAGCCUAUGGGGACAGCUACUGGAAAUCGUUUUGAACCUACGGUUCUUCUUCUUCCAAUAUGGAAUUGUAUACCAUCUGGGAAUAUCAGGCCAAAGUAGGAGUGUUUUCGUUUACUUGUGGUCUUUGAUCUUCAUAUUCGCAGCAUUCGGAAUCUAUCUAACGAUGUCGUAUGUUCGAAACAACUACGGGGCAAAAAAGCAUAUAUAUGUUCGGCUGGCUGAAUUCCUUUUGAUGGUACUUGGUAUACUUCUUGUUAUUGCUCUGAGACAGUUCACAGCCUUCAGAUAUGUUGAUAUUUUCAUCAGUCUAUUGGCUUUUAUUCCCACUGGUUGGGGACUUUUAUCCAUAGCUCAGGUAUUUCGACCCCUUCUUCGGCGUACCAGACUGUGGGACUCUGUGGUUUCCUUGGCUCGAUACUAUGAGAUAAUGUUUGGAGUCAUAGUGAUGGGUCCAGUGGCAGUUUUAUCAUGGAUGCCUGGAUUCCAAUCAAUGCAAACAAGGAUUCUAUUUAAUGAAGCAUUUAGCAAAGGCCUGCAAAUGUUCAAGAUUAUUACAGAGAAAAUACACCUAAAGGAUGUCUAA